AUGGAUCCGAUUAAGUAUGUUUUCGAGAAACCUGCAGUAACAGGACGGAUGGCUCGUUGGCAAAUGCUGUUGACUGAAUAUGAUAUUACAUAUGUGACGAGAAAAGCCGUCAAAGGGAGCAUUAUAGCAGAAUAUUUGGCUGAUAGGGCCGUUAAUGAUUACCAAUCCAUGGAGUUUGACUUCCCGGAUCAAGAUAUUGAUUCAAUUGAUCAAGAAAAGGAAGGUAAUGUUGGGUGGAUGAUGCUAUUUGAUGGGGCGACCAACGUAUGGGGGCAUGGAAUAGGGGCUGUACUCAUAUCACCAGAGGGUAAAUAUUACCCAGUCACAGCCAAACUCACCUUUCCGUGUACCAAUAAUAUAGCAGAGUAUGAAGCGUGCGUAUUGGGCUUACAGGCGGCUAUUGACCGAGGCAUUAAAAAAUUGAUUGUAAAAGGAGAUUCCGCUUUGGUAAUUUAUCAGUUGACUGGAAAGUGGGAAACUCGGGAUUCCAAAUUAAUACCAUACCAGGAGUUCAUUCAGGAAAUGAUGCAGGAAUUCGAUGCCAUCAGUUUUUCGCAUUUACCGAGAGAGAGCAACUUAAUCCCUGAUGCGCUAGCAACAUUGGCGGCUUUAUUUAAGGUCGAGUCCGGAAUAGAGAUUGAACCCAUUCGAAUAAGGAUGCAUAGGGAGCCAGCAUAUUGUAUAAUGACAGAAGAAGCUGAUGGAAAGCCAUGGUUUCAUGAUAUCAAAACAUACAUUCAAUGGAAGGAGUAUCCCAUAGGAGCCUCUAAUAAUGACCGAAAGACAAUUCAGAGGCUAGCUAUGGGAUUCUUCUUAGAUGGGGAGAUAUUGUAUAAAAGGAAUCAUGAUAUGACCCUCCUACGUCAGUUCAAGGUCAAGCAUCAUAAUUCAGCCCCCUAUCGACCUCAAAUGAAUGGAGCAGUGGGAGCAGCCAAUAAGAACAUCAAGAGCAUCUUGGAAAAAAUGACGGAGACCUAUAGAGAUUGGCAUGAGAAGUUACCUUUCGCUUUAUUGGCCUAUCAAACCACUGUUCGAACAUCUACAGGGGCUACCCCUUUCUCUUUGGUAUACGGAAUGGAGGCCGUAAUUCCGAUAGAAGUUGAGAUUCCAUCGUUACGAGUCUUAAAAGAAGCAGAGUUAACCGAAGCAGAAUGGGUGCAAUCUAGAUAUGACCAGUUGAACCUGUUUGAAGAUAAUUGA